AGACUCAGACUCGGUUGGGUUUGAGCGCUUCAAUGCAACUCCCUUAUUGGCAACGAAAACGAAUUUUUUCUGUGCGGUUACCGUCGUUUCAGCCGGUUACUUCACCCAUACGGUAACAUUCUAACCGUCUCGUUAAUCUCCUACCCAAAUUCCUUUCAUUUCGACUCAGUCUUCUCCUUUUCUUUCUCUGAAUUUUCUGGGUCGCUGUAUAUUUCGACCAACUUGCAUUGCGUUGAUUUUGUUGUUGCUUGCUUUCUCGAUUUCGAUCUGGGUUUCUCGCGGGUUUACUUCUUUCGAAACUGGAUUUGGUUUUCAGUUCCUUUGGUAGUUUCAUUGCCCCUUUUGGCAUUUCUUUUGGUAAGACUAAGAGGUAGCUCGAAUUGAGAGGGACAAAGGAAACUGGGUUUGGGUUUUACGAAGAAGAAGAAGAAGAAAAGAAGAAGAAGAAGAGCAAGCAGUUGCUGCAGCCAUGGAUAUAACGGAAGUAUCAAUAAUACAUCACGUCGGGAUCGUGCUACUUGUUCUGUGGUUUCUUGCUGAAUUCAAUUGGUGUCACCCGGUUGCCUACUUCGUUUCCCUGGUUUAUUUGUACCUGGUUCAUGAGCGCUAUGUUAUGCGAUUGAAGAAAAAAGUACAGUUUGAGGAAAGAAAACAAGCUAAUCAGAAAAGGGUGCUUACUGAUUCUGAAACAGUCCGGUGGCUGAACCAUGCAGUUGAAAAGAUAUGGCCCAUAUGUAUGGAACAGAUUGCUUCACAGAAGAUCCUCCUCCCUAUCAUACCUUGGUUCUUGGAAAAGUACAAACCGUGGACUGCUAAACAAGCCACAGUCCAGCGUCUUUAUUUAGGAAGAAAUCCACCUGUAUUUACUGAUAUGAGGGUUCUUCGUCAGUCUUCUGAUGAUGAUCAUUUGGUUCUGGAGUUGGGAAUGAAUUUUCUCACAGCUGAUGAUAUGAGUGCAUUACUUGCUGUGAAGCUAAGAAAAAGACUGGGAUUUGGAAUGUGGGCAAAGUUGAAUAUAACUGGCAUGCAUAUUGAAGGAAAGGUCUUGAUAGGGGUCAAGUUUCUCCGUGACUGGCCUUUCCUUGGUCGUUUGCGAUUAUGCUUUGUUGAACCUCCAUAUUUUCAGAUGACUGUCAAACCUAUUUUUACUCAUGGGCUUGAUGUCACAGAAUUACCUGGGAUUGCUGGGUGGCUGGAUAAGCUACUUUCCAUUGCUUUUGAGCAGACACUUGUUGAGCCUAAUAUGCUGGUUGUUGACAUGGAGAAAUUUGCCUCACAAGACCCAGAAAAUUGGUUUUCUGUGGACGAAAAGGAGCCUGUUGCCCAUGUCAAAGUGGAAAUUGUUGAAGCAGCUGACAUGAAACCAUCUGAUCUAAACGGUUUGGCUGAUCCCUAUGUAAAAGGUCAGAUGGGUAAUUAUAGAUUCAAGACUAAGAUACAGAAGAAAACACUGACUCCAAAGUGGCUUGAGGAAUUCAAGAUCCCCAUAAUUACAUGGGAAUUGCCGAACGUACUAGCUCUUGAAAUUCGUGACAAGGACCACUUUGUUGAUGAUAUACUUGGGGACUGUUCUGUUUCUAUUAAUGAUCUUAGGGAUGGAAUCAGACAUGACAUGUGGUUGCCUCUUAAGAAUAUCAAAACAGGGAGGUUGCAUCUUGCGGUAACUGUACUUGACGAGGCAGCAAAGGCGGAAGAUAUGCAGUGUGACUGGGACCCAUCGCAUGUGGAAGACAAGAGAAAUUCCUUUGUCAAUGAGACCAAUAAUACAAGUUCUUUCUCGUCUUUCUCAUCGGAUAAGUCUCAGAAGGUGCCAGAUAAUUUUGAGCCAAUUAAUGUCGAAGGGCAAAAAGAAACUGGUAUUUGGGUCCAUCGUCCGGGAAGUGAAGUUUUACAGACUUGGGAGCCUAGAAAAGGGAAGAAUAGGCGUCUUGAUACCGAAAUUCUUGGGGAGUCAAAUGAUGUCACAAUCAAGAGCUCUAGUUUAGCAGCAUCUGGAUCCCAAAACAGCAGUAGCACUGAUGAAAUUCCUGACGAGAAAAAUCGAGUGGGAAGAGUUAGGAGGGGUCUACAAAAGAUCAGCUCAGUAUUUCACAGGAGUCCCAGAAAGGAAGAGCCGUCUGGCAGCUUUGUGGAGUCUAUUCAAUCACCACAUGUAAACAUUAAGGCGGUCAAUGCAAAGGUCAGUGGUAUAAAGUUGGUUGUGGAUGAGGAUGGUGCUGUAGGUUCCUCAGGAGAGGUUUUAAAUGAAGAGGAUUCGAGCUCAGGAGAAGGUGAUCCAGAGAGCCCAUUGAAAGGUAAAAUAAAAGAUAAAGCAAAAAACUUCUUUAAGCAUGCUGAAAAGUCUGCUCGGAGUCUGAGGGUGGUACUGUCUCGGAAAGGGUCUAGAAGGCAUACAAUUGAUUCUCCUGCGGUGACAGACAAAGGAAUUCUAGCAGAUUAUGAAUCUUCUGAUGAUGAAUCUCUUGCUGGAAAAGUUGAGAGGAUACCAGUUGCUUCUGGUGUUGUGGUCCCUGAUGCUGAUGGUGGUAACGAUUCAUCUAGUUCCAGAGAUCAUGUGGUUCAAACAAGUGAAAUCGAUACAGAAACCGACGCUAAAAGUCCCACAGUGAAGGCUAAUCCUCAAGGCUUGGAAAUGUUGGAUGAUAGGGUGGGGGAGGGCAGCCCCCCUGAUAGUAACAGUGAUGUUGAGCCAUCAAAGUUGAAGCUUGAUGAAGGGAGCCCCCCUGAUAGUAAAAGUAAUGUUGAGUCUUUAAAGUUGAAUCUUGAUGAAGAAGGGAGUUUGGAAGAGAAAACACAAUAAUACUAGCAACUUCUUGUAUUCUUCUUCCUCGUGGAUCAAUUUGUUUACUUGAAAAAUAAGCUUGUCCAGUUGAGGCUGCCAGCCCAUUUUUGUUUGUAUAUCUACCUGAAUAGCAACCUUUUGUGUUCUUCGACCUGCUUUGCAAAUAUACACCAUGCACCAAUUCCAGGUGUACUGAAUUUGGUA